GACCUGUAUCUCGAAUUAGACCAAAAAAAAUUAAAGAAAGCUACCGCUUUACAUUUUCAAACAGUAGCUGGCUCGUUAAAUAAGAAAGUUACAGAUCCAACGACCCCUAACUUUUCAAAUUUCUGGCCCCAAUGGGAAGAAUUUUAUC